AUGUCGGAUGUCGGCUACAGCGCUGGCACCAUUGGUGGUCACUACUUCGUGCUUGACAUCGAGGAAUCGUUGGGUUUGAUCACGAUGGGGAAAUUCCCAGAUCUCAACAAUGUGUACCUGAUCAGUGGACUGACCACCAUCGGCGGCCUUAUUCAGGGCUUCGAUGUGUCGAGCAUGUCCGCGAUCAUUGGCACCGAGCAGUAUAAGACCUAUUUCAAUAGGCCCAACUCGGUCAUGCAAGGUGGAAUUACCGCCAGCAUGGCCGGGGGAUCACUUCUUGGAUCUUUGGUGUCAUCCUGGACCAGCGACAGCCAUGGCCGGCGAGAUUCACUUUUCAUCGCCUGUAUAAUUUGGCUAGUUGGAUCGACUUUGAUGUGUGCCGUGCAAAAUGUUGCGAUGCUUAUCGUGUCACGCAUCAUGAAUGGGUUUGCUGUCGGUAUGCUCACCAGCCAAGGGCCUAUUUUGAUCGCAGAGAUCAGUUUACCUCAUCAGCGAGGCCGACUACUUUCCUUGCAACAAUGGAUGAUUACCUGGGGUAUUCUGAUUAUGUAUUUCAUCAGCUAUGGUGCAUCUUUUAUGGGCAAUAAUGGCUCUUUCCGUCUUCCAUGGGCCCUGCAGAUGAUCCCCGCUAUCAUCCUGCUAUUCUGCUUGCCUAUGAUGCCUCGUUCGCCUCGAUGGCUGGCUACACAAGAUCGAUGGGAAGAAGCGACGGAUGUUCUUGCCCGCCUCCAUGCCGGGGGCGAUGCGCUUGAUCCGACUGUGAUAGCCCAGGCUCAAGAGAUUCGCGAGAAGAUCGAAAUGGAACGGCAAUAUCAAAGCACCUCCUGGGGCGAAAUUUUCAACUCUCGGAAUAUAAUACGUGUACACUGUGGCAUAUUCACCCACGUCUGGGCCCAAAUGACUGGAACGAAUGCAAUGAUGUAUUAUAUUGUCUACAUAUUCCAGAUGGCUGGUCUGACCGGAAACAAUACCCUUAUAUCUGCUUCCAUCCAAUAUAUAAUCAACGUCGUUAUGACUCUCCCUGCACUUAUCUUCAUUGACCGUCUUCCUCGGCGUCGGCUUUUCAUAUUUGGUGCUCUCUUCAUGGGAAUUUUGCAGUUCACACAAGCGGGUCUAAUGGCGUCUUACGGAUAUCAUGUUCCUGGGGGAUUGAAAGGCUCUCCCACCGUGACUUGGAAAGUCAACAACUCAAAAGCCUCCAAAGCUAUCAUUGCAUGCUCCUACCUUUUCAUUGCAACUUAUGCUCCAACAUGGGGGCCUCUUGGAUGGGCAUAUCCCCCCGAAAUUAUACCCCUGCACAUCCGAAGCAAAGCUGUAUCUCUCGCCACUUUCUUCAAUUGGGGAUGCAACUUCGCUCUUACGUUUUUCACUCCGCCUGCAUUUCAGAAUAUUCAAUGGAAGAUAUAUUGUGUGUUUGGAACUUUUUGUAUGCUCGCUGCCCUCCAUGUCUUUUUGUUAUUUCAGGACACCUGCGGCAAGUCACUGGAGGAGAUUGAUGAGGUUUUUGAGAACCAGAGUAUUUGGGCCUUUAAGGUGAAGCAAGAGCCCAGCCGCUUCACAGCAGACGUUGAGCAGGCAAGAGAAGACCUGAGCGCUGCCAAAGUUAAUCGCAGUCCUAGCGAGUCGCCCAAGUCGUAG